CACUGGGCGGGUUGAUAAAAUCUGGGUUGGUUUUUGAUGCAACUGGCGGGUUUUUAUUUUUGACUAUAAACAUGAUAUUUUAUUAAUUUUCUAUUCUAUAGUGUACUGUGUAAUGUUGACGUUUUAAUUAUAUGGUUCAGAUUAGCCAAUAAGGUUCAGGAGAGUCCUGUCCAGUCAGACUUCAGUCUUGAUUAGCGGGUUGUUUUAACUGUUUGUUAUUGUAUUAGUUAUAACAGUAUACAUUUUGGGCUGUUUCUUUUAAUGCGCGGAGUUUAAGUUGUAGUUGGGCUGGGAAUCUUCAGUCCAUUCUGGCAACCCUGUAUCUCCUAGUCCUUUUAUCAUCUUUAAAGAGAAGGACAGUCAGACGCCUGUUAUUUUCAGUUCUGUCCUCAUUCACACUCCGAAUCACAACCCAAGGAGAAAACAUUUUGAUGGCAUCCCAAAAACAGCAAUCCAUUCCUGAUCAGGUUCUAAAGAACACAGAUCUGUUAAUACAGUGCAUUAUUGACAACAGUGCAACGGAAUUAAUGAAACUUGUUGGUGAAUCCAAUAUUAAUGGACUGUACUCUUCAGCAAUCUGGAAUGAUGAUGUUUCCCUCCUGACAGCAGCAGCUGUAUGUGGGAAUGAAGAGAUUUGUAACUUUCUCCUGAGAGAAAAAGCGGAUCCCAACAUACUAUCCACAAAUCACCUAACAGCUCUGCACUAUGCUGCAAAUACUCCUGGAGUUCCACUGAAUAUUGUGAGAAGAUUAAUAGUUGCAAAAGCUAAUCCAGAUGGUCAUCAACAACAGCCUUUUACACCCUUACAGUUUGCUGCCAGUAAGGACAGACUGGACGUGUUUGAAGCAUUUAUAGAAGCUGGUGCAGUCCCUGAAAGAAAUUAUGGGGAAAAUCCGGAUUUGGAUAAAAAAGUAGAGAAUCUAAUUAAUAAAUUACCUGCAGGAAAAGAAGUAGUAGAGAAAUGCAAACUGUUUUUCAAUUUGGCUGCUAUGGUUCCCAGAAAAACUAAAAGCCUGAGGUUUUUAACUUAUAUAAGGAAAUUUUUUUCGAGGAACAUCCUUUUACCCAUAUUCUACUUUUUGAACGGUAUUUUAAUGUUUUGGGCCCAUCAGCAGAACUGUAUCAACAGAGUAGUAUAAAGUGGUUGAAAGACUCCAAGAAGACAGACAUCUACAUCGAGGGAUUCAUCAAACGCUUUCCCAGAAUUCCUAAUGAACAAAGGAUGACGUCACUGAACACCUUACAUGCUGUAAUUUGCAUGAUGAGAGAAAUUUCCCCUUGUGUGACUAUGGACAAGUCCUUGAAGCAAAAGUCUGAUAGUCUUCAGUCUGAUGUGCGUGGUAGAGUUAUGCAAUGCACUUAUGCCUCUCACCAAUGCUGACUGCUCAGCUGAUGUCAGGAGUCCUACUCACCGUUUAUUUGCUGCUCUACAUGACUUUGUCCAAGUGUACAUUAAUACAUGUGGAGUAACUUCAGUGCCUGAAAGGGUUCUUCUUGCUGUAGAUAUAGGAACAAAUGAUGCAGUUAAAGAGAAACUGAGACUAUUGGAAAUAAAUAUCAGAGUUCUGCAAAGUGAAGCAGCAAACAGCAAGUCAAAGAAUAAAAAAAAGAAUUAUAAUCAACAAGACACAAGCUCAAAAGAAGAUUCCAAUACUACAAAGGCGUCAGUUCAGGAGUCGGAUUCCAGUGUGCAUCCAUAUGCAACACACACUGAGGAUUCACCAGUAAAAAGAAAAUGGCUUUCAUUGAGCCAACGAUGGAAGCCCGAGCUAGAGAAACUUGCUAGCAUAGAAGCAUGUAAGGUUAAGUGCCUGAGGAAUCUUACAAUUGGUAAUAGUUCUGAAUUUGAGAUAGCCAAAGGAAUUGAUGGAACUCGUGUUUUUCUUGGACUGAGAGAUGAUGGCACUGAGGUAGCUGUCAAACGAAUGUACAGGUCAGAAUAUCAAGACCUGAAAAAUGAAGAGCAAUUUUUACGGCUUCCUCAGCUUGAUAAUCCUUGUAUUGUGCGCUAUGUGGACUUUGCUGAGGAUAAAAAGUUUGGAUAUCUUGCUCUUCAACUUUGUGAAUACACAGUGGAGGAAUACAUUCAAGACCAUUUGCCUGAAGACACUUCUCAGCAGCUACAGGUCCUGAAGAAAAUAGUAAAAGAAGUGCUCUAUAGCCUAAAUGCUCUUCACAGCCAUGAUACCAACGUGCUUCAUCGAGACAUCAAACCUCAAAAUGUUCUGAUUGGUAGGAAUCAUAUUUAUUAUCACUAUUAUUAUUACUUUUUUAACAGAUACAACCGGAAAGGCAAGACUAGCAGAUUUCGGUUGGGGGAGACGACUUUCCGCACUAAUCCUGCUGGAACAAAGUACUGGAAAGCCAGAGAGACUCUUGAAGAGGACAGUAACAGUGGCUACAAGAGGAGUUCUGAUGUUCAGGUUGCAGGAAUGUUAAUAUAUUACAUCCUCUCCCGUGGACAUCAUCCAUUUGGCACAGGCCCUCGAUGUGAGUGUAACAUUCUUGAUGGGAAGUACUCUUUGGUACACCUGGAGGAUGAACUGGCAAAGGACCUGGUGAAGUGGAUGAUCAGUCAUGAGCCAAAGGACAGACCUAUUGUAGAGGAAACCCUUCGCCACCCAUACUUUUGGACAAAUAAAGAUAAAAUGGAGUACUUAAGAAAGCUGGGGAAUGAACAGGAAGUGGGGAACUGCCGCAAUGCUGAUCCGGACCUCCUUUCUGAUAUUGGGGCUGUUACAGUAGGGAAAAGCUUCUCAGACUGGAAAACAAAAUUGCCCUCAGAGCUUGUGCAAAAAAUUGAGGAUAAGAAAAAGCCCUACCCGGAGAACACACUUGGUCUGCUGCGCUUUAUAAGGAUUAUGCGUGAGCAUUACUCGGAAGAUGCCAAGACUACAGAUUUGAUGGCGAUUUUCCCUGACCUUUUUGAAACUGCUUUCAUAAUUGCCAAACAGAGAGGCUGGAUCACUGAGAGCGAAUUUAUGCUUGAGAUGCCAGAGAUAUGACGACUGACCACUUUCAAAAGCAUGUCUCCACUUUUUAAAAAGACUUUUUUUUUAAUGUAUAAAGGUAUACAUUGUAUGAAUGUGUAUGUUAAAAUAAUGAUUGUGAAUGUCUGAUCAUGCUAAUGCAUUGCUCAUUUUUAUAUUAAAACUAGUUAUGAUUCCGUCCUAUAGGAACUAAAACAAGGUUUAUCUCUGUAGUUGUGAUUUCAACACUCUGUUUAAUCAUCCAGUACCUAGAAACCUAACCUAACCGAAAGUUCUAAUGGGCUUCCAGUGAACACAGUAUGAGCAUGUACUUAUUGCCAGAAUGGUACGCAAAAUCCUCUGUGUAUAGAAUUGAUCUGAAUAUGAGAUCCCCCAGCCCAAAUUAAAGAAUUAAUCAUUUUAUCUAAUAAGUCAAAGAAGUGCUUAGGUAAAAAUAAAGGAAUUGUUAGAAACAAACAGAGAAAUUUAUGCAGAACAUUCAUUUUAAUAGCAUUAAUCUUUCCAAUCAGAGACAAAGGCAGACUAUUGCCUCUCUGAAAAUCAGACUUCAUUUUGGUUAGAAAAAGACCUUAUUAAGAUUAAUACCAAGGUACCUAAAUUCAGAGGGAGUGAUUUUGAAGGGAAUGUACAGGUUUUUAAGUUGCAAAGCAGCUGUGUUGAUGGGAUAACAUUUACUCUUCUAAAAAUUUAAUAUCUAUCUAGAGAAGGAGCUGAAUGUAUAGAGACAAUAGACAAGAUACCAGGCAGACCGGAUACAGGAUCAGAUACAUAUAGCAAUAAUUCAUCUGCAUACAAUGAUAGUCGAUGUUCAACACCAUUCCUUAUAACACCCUUAAAUAAAGUAGAGGAUCGCAACGAAAUGGCCAAUGGCUCAACUGCCAAAGCAAAUAGAGAUGGAGAUAAAGGGCAGCGCUGACAUGUUCCAACAUUCGGAAUGAACAUUGUUUGUUAGAAUACUGGCUUGUGGUGAUGUACGAAGUAAUUUCACCCAGCUAAUAAAUUUAUUACCAAAGCCAUUUUUUUAAAUACGGCAAAUGUAUAAUCCUUUUUUGGACUGCAUCACUUUAAUUGAGAAUUUAUUUCUUCAAAGGAAAAUGGGGAAUCUAGUUCUUGUACACGGUCCGAAUCAAUGGUAGGGUUUUCAAAGUUGGCCAGAAACU